AUGUCCUUAUACGCCACAGACCCGGCACCUCCAGUCCUCGCACACACUUUGCUCUCCCAACCCGUCCAGAAUGCCAGAGACCCAAACGUCCCGACUGAGAGAGAUUGUAACUUGGGAGCAGCUAUUGGAAAUGGGAUCCAAUGCUCAUCUGAUACAUUAUUCCGCCCUGGGAUUGUCAUUGGUUUCUCGAGACCUAGAAAGAGAGGUACAGAUAACGAUGAUGAUCAUGAAUAUAUAGGACGGAUCCCCCGACACAUCCUCACAACUCAUCUCCUCAAACGCCCAUCCCCAGCACCAGACUCAUUCAACACAUUCAUAAUCCACCCCUUCAACCUCCCCAUCUUCUUCCCCCAAACCCUCCUCACCUCUCUUCUCUCUUCGAAAAACCCCAACCUAUCCCGCGAAGAAGCAAUAAGCCGCUUAGACACCGUCCAACUCCUCCCCGUCUACGACUUCCCAGCAGCCAUGCAAGCCAUCACCCAAGUCUCAGAUACGCUACACAAAAUCAACCAACAACGCCAGAACCAACAAGCUAAUAACAGUAACCAAGAACCGGUGGUGUUGAUCAUCGCCGGACUGGACACCCUCGUCGAGAGCGUCAUCCGCGCGUCGAACCCGAUCAAAGGAACGGCGGUGUUGAAUGCUGCGUCGCGGACGUUUACGCGGUUGUCGAGGGAGUAUGCGGCGUUUCUUUCUGUUUUGCUAGUUAAUACUACUGGACUUGGACCUGGGACUGGGACAGGGGAUGUUGUGGCUGAUGGGGAUUAUCAAGGAGAGCAGUUGUCGGUGCUGUUGCCGAGCUUGCUUAUGAAAACGUUGGAUCAGGGGACUGAUACGCAUUUACUGGUAUCGAGGGAGAGGGGGAGAGCUAAGGGAGUUGGUGUUGAGGUGAUUAAGGAUCGGGUGGGUGAUUGGUUAGGAAGGAGGUGUGUUUGGGACGGAUUGUGA